AAAUUGUUUGAUCGAUACAAACUUUCAAACAAUAUUUUUCUGAAGAGUUUUUUCUGGUACGUGUAAUAAAUUAUGACUAGUGUAACUAAAUUGAGUUCUCUCAAGGAGAGUGAAGAAAUUUUACGUAAACAAGCGAAGAAGUUAGCAAGGCAGAGAAACAAAGAUUCUUUUAAAAGACCAACUCAUCUAUUCAUACAUGAAAAGUGUUUGACUAACAUUCCUAAACCGAAGAAUACAAGUCACAUUAUUUACGCAUACUAUCACAAUAACCAUAUAAGCAAAAUAGAAAACCUUGAAUUGCUUUACAAUCUUACCCAUUUACACUUGCAAUGGAACAAAAUAACUAAGAUUGAAGGCCUUGAAAAACUGCACAGCCUGAAGAAAUUAUACCUUGGAAAUAAUCACAUUAGUGUGGUAGAGAAUUUAGAAAAUCUAAAAUAUUUGGAAGAGGUACACAUUGAAAAACAAAAUAUGGAUAAUGCUGAUGGUCUCUGCUUUGAUCCACGGUCCAUAAUGUCACUGGGGCCUUCCCUAAGAAUUUUAAACGUAUCGGAAAACAAAAUAACAGAUUUGGCUUGGGUGAGGCCUUUACGACGACUUGAAGUUUUAAUUGCAAAAAAGAAUAACUUACAAGAUCACCAGAGUGUUGCUGAUCAUCUAUGCACACUGAUUUCCCUGGUUGAUGCCAAUUUUACUGGAAACCCAAUGACUAAAAAGCAUCGCUAUAAAGAGACCAUUAUUGCAAGAUGUUCACAAUUGCGUGUUUUAGAUACCACAGUCAUCCACAACAACUCAAAAACAUUUUUGCAAAGCUUCGACAAAGCCGUUCGUCUCCGUCAACUACACGAGAAAAACAAAUUAGACAUGAACCGGCGAGGAGUUGACGAGUUUUUCGAGCUGAACAUGUUGCCAGGGCCAAGGGCUCAGAGCGCAUACACUAUAUCGGAAUUUACCAACGAAAAGCCCAAAAUGACAGCAAUCGAUUCGACUUACACAUUCAUGCCACGUGCUUUUUGGCGUAACCGACCGGAACCAUCGCCACGCGAGCCCGAAGCCCCACCCACCAUUCCUGAUAAAAAGGUGACAGUAGCACUAACACCGAAUGGCCUAGCUGAUGGCAUCACCACAGACAGUGAGGGUGUGGAGCAUUUUGUUUUGCCCUACGAGACCGAGAUGACAAUGGCCGAGUUCCUUGAUUGUUUAGAAGAAAAAAGAGAAAACAUGAUUCCCUACAUUCAGAAGCAAAAUUCCAACUUAACUGGGGAUUUCGAGGAGCUACUGUCCGAUAUAGCCCCGGAGGUGGACUUUGCCAGUGAAGCGUUCAACAAGAAACCUGAUGCAGUCAAUUUCUGGAUGGGAGACGAACGGGCUAUAACUUCUAUGCACAAGGAUCCUUAUGAGAACAUUUACUGUGUCAUCGACGGAUACAAAGACUUUGUUCUCAUACCGCCAACUGAUCUGCCCUACGUCCCAUACAAGAGGUACCCUCAGGCUAUCUUCAAACAUGACAACGGCAAGUGGGAUAUCGAGCCUUUAGAGGAAAAUGUAGCAGACUCAUUGGAAGAGGGUGACCAAGAGUUGGAUGAGUUUAACAGGCCGGGGAUUCCUUGGAUUUGCAUUGAUCCCGUUAACCCGGACUACACAAAGCACCCCGAGUUCAAAAACGCUCACCGCUACCACGUGCGCCUAAACAAGGGCGACUGUAUGUACCUGCCGAGCUUAUGGUUCCACCACGUACGGCAGAGCCACGGCUGUGUAGCUACCAACUACUGGUAUGACAUGGAGUUUGACAUCAAGUAUUGUUACUUUGUGAUGCUGGAGAAGCUAUGCGCGUGGUAUUAAUUUUUUAAACAAAAUUCCUGUUAUGUGUUACCAUAGGAGUCACUUAAAAAUUAGGGAUUGAUGGUGAAAACGGGCAUUAGACUCUUUGUACAGUAGCUUUAAUUCAACUAAACCGGUCAAUCGGCAUAGGAACACCUGCGGGGUUACUCCGAAAAACGUUAUCCAAUAUUGCGAAUGUUGCCAUCCCUCUCACGCAAAGCAAGAUGCCAGCAUGAGCGACGGUGACAGAAAGACUCGAAACUAAACAGCGUUUCGGAGUAGUCCUACUGAUGAAAGACGAUUUCUUGCAAACCGAAAGAUGUUUUGUCUUUUUCUCUCGCAAACUGUAGCUGUGGUCGUUCCCAAUGGAUUAGUAAACAAGGGCGACUGUAUGUACCUGCCGAGCUUAUGGUACCACCACGUCCGACAGAGCCACGGCUGUGUGGCCGCCAACUACUGGUAUGACAUGGAGUUUGACAUCAAGUAUUGUUAUUUUGUGAUGCUGGAGAAGCUAUGCGCGUGGUAUUAAUCUGUACAGUAGAGUGAGUCUUUGUACAGUAG